UCUCCUCUAAAGAACAUGGAAGCUUCCUUGAUUCUGACCUUAUAUGGGACAGAGAAAAUUUCCUCUCUUUCUUCCUUCCUUGGAUCUUCUUCUUUCUGUGCCCUGCUGCUUUAGCUUAGAUAUGGAAAACAAGACGGCCAUCUGCAUCUGAAUUCUUUACUCUUUUAUUCCCAAAAGGACAAAAUUCUGGAGGGAAUAUCAAUGGGGAAUUGCUUGGGAUCAGCCUUACUGGAGAACCUCAACCAUGACGCGUUGAAGGCUGAUUCUGGUCGAGCCCCAUUGCCGCUGCUUAGGAAAGUCAGGUCCGAUGGCAGUCGAAGCACCAGCCAAGUCAGUGAUAAUGGGGGCCUGGAAAAGGUACCGGCCAAUGGCGUAGGAGGAGGGGGAGGAGGAGAGUCCGCGCGGGUGGCAAUAGCCCCUAGCCUGAAGGUGUUCACGAUGGGGGAGCUGAAGAGUGCGACGAGGAACUUCAGGCCGGACACGAUGCUUGGUGAGGGAGGGUUCGGGAAGGUGUUCAAGGGGUGGGUGGAGGAGAAUACCUACGCUCCGUCGCGUGUCGGCAUUGGCAUCCCCAUUGCGGUUAAGAAGUCCAGCCCCGACAGCCCCCAGGGCCUCCGAGAAUGGCAGGCAGAAGUGAAAUUCUUGGGGAAAUUUUCACACCCGAACCUAGUGAAGCUGUUGGGUUACUGUUUGGAGGACAGACAGUUCCUAUUGGUUUACGAGUACAUGCAGAAAGGCAGCUUAGAGAAUCACCUUUUCAGAAAGGGCGCAGAACCGCUUUCCUGGGAUGUACGGCUUAAGAUAGCGAUCGGAGCCGCUCGGGGGCUUGCAUUCCUGCACAACUCGGAGAAAUCGGUCAUAUAUCGGGACUUUAAGGCUUCAAAUAUUUUGCUAGACGGGGAGUUCAAUGCCAAGCUUUCGGAUUUCGGGCUUGCGAAAUUCGGCCCCACCGACGGCAGCUCGCACGUGACGACUAGGAUAGUUGGAACAUAUGGUUAUGCAGCUCCUGAAUACGUUGCGACCGGGCAUUUGUACAUAAAGAGCGACGUGUACGGGUUCGGAGUGGUUCUACUGGAGCUGUUGACGGGCCUGCAGGCGCUCGACCAGAACCGACCCUCGGGCUCCCACAACCUGGUGGAAUGGGCCAAGCCCUCGCUCUCUGAGAAGAGAAAGCUCAAGAAGCUUAUAGACCCAAGGCUGGAGGACCGGUACCCCUCGAAAGCCGCCAUCCUAGCGGCCCAGCUCAUCAUGAGGUGCCUCGAGGGCGAGCUGAAGAAACGGCCAUCGAUGCAGGAGGUUCUGAACGGCUUGGAGAAGAUCAAUCUAAUCAAAGAGAUGCCGGAGGAGAUUGUACCGAAGCUUGGCCAACCCAAAGAGAGGAACCGUCAUCGCACAGCCACUCCAAACAUCACCCGUCACCGAUGAACCACCCCACCGGGGUCUCCGGAGGCCAAGACCAUCAGCAUCCGUGCCCGGGAAUCCCUUGUGGAGAUACAUUCUAUACAAAUAUGGCCGACCAUACAUACGCUUCAUACUAUCCAGAAUAGCCAUUUUUGGCUAGUUGAUGUAAAUCUGGUAUUGUACACAAGUCGAAAGUGUUUACUCGAAGCUAUUAGAUACGCAGUAAACAAGUUUAUUAUGGAUAUUCCGGAUUAUGUAAUUGUAUAUAACUAACAUCGAUAGCAGUUACUAA